UAAAAAUCUUUUGUUCAAUUAACAACAAGUGUGAAGUGUGGUGCGACGAUUGUUGGAAAGGAUAAGAACAACUUUGGAUUACAUUACAGAAAGAAAUCAUUUUUAUAUACAAAAUGAAAAACUUUGCCCUCUGUAUGAUCGCUGCUGCGCUGCUGUGCCUGGUGGACGCAGCACCCAAACCGCAAGGUGGAGAACCCAUUGCAAUUAUAAGCCAAGAAUCGAAUAUCGAGCCGGAUGGUGCCUACAAUUAUGCUUACGAAACGGCCAAUGGUAUUAAGGCUGAGGAAACUGGAACCGUAAAGAAGGCCACCUCUGCGGACACCACGGAUGUGAUCAUUGUGAAGGGAUCCGUCUCGUACACCUCGCCUGAGGGAGAGCUAAUCACUCUGAACUAUGCGGCUGAUGAUGAGAACGGAUUCCAGCCAACGGGUGCACAUUUGCCCACUCCACCACCAAUUCCACCAGCGAUCCAGAAGGCGCUCGACUAUCUGCUCACCCUGCCCCCAUCUCAGCGUCGCCGUUAGGACAAUUAGUUCUUAAUGAAUAAGAUCCUGAUGGAGAAAUGAGGGGACAGUGACCAUGCAAACGAUUUUAAUAUUCUAUACCCAAACGAAGCAAAUUGCUGCUAGCCCAUAUAUCAACAAUCAAUCAAUUAAUACCUUGAAGCGAACACCAACAUCGAGCAGCUGACUGAAGAACACAACCUGUAGACACACACGCACACACACAUACAUACACAAGCACUAACUAACUAUUUAGUUCUGAUUUCACAUUCUUUGUUUUAUUCCUUUACUCCAUUUCUUCCAAUCGUUCUUUUCGUCUAUGUAUACUGUGCUUAAGAUCUUUUAGUCGCCGGAACUUUGCCAUUUUCGGACUCAUGUGAUAUCAUCGAAUUAUUAAUGGAAUCAAGAAGAAAAUGUAAAAAAAAAUAAAGGAGAAAGAGAAUAAUGAAUUAUGCUAUAAUAACCGAAUUAUUGUGCACAGCAAUUCUUGUGUAAAUAGUCUAUAUAACUAUAAUCGAUUGCAUGUAAUAUGAGCAUAAGCAUUAUGGAUGACAAGGAUGUACCUACUUAUAUAUACAUACACACGCAUAAAUUUAUACGAA